GCCAUUUCCUUUGCAGCGCUUUUCGCUAUGGGAACAAAGCCUGCUCUGACGGUCUCAUUAUUCUUUGCGCGAUGGCAGUAAGCCUUGCUCCACAGUCGAAGCUUCAACUUGACGAAGCAGGCUGGCAGCUGCUUUCGAACGAUCUACAGUUGAGCGGCAGGACUUUAGAGGUCUAUCGUACACAAGAAGGGUCCAAAGAACUCCUUGCAGAGAAACUGGAUUUGCGAGCAGCUGAAGUUGAGAAACAGGAGGUUGAGGUGUUUGGCCUCGGCACUUGGCCUGGGUACCUGCUGAAGGGCGACAAGUACCGCUUGCGCUGGGCCUUGAAGAACGAGGCUGCCCUGCUGCAGGUCGAGGUGGACGAGUGCGUGGAGCAUUUCUGUCUCCCCUUUGAAGUGGAGAAGUCUCAGGAGUGGCCGCCGCACUCUUCCGGCAACCGCUGCGAGAGUGCUUGUUGGGAGCGGCAUGUGAAGCGAUCGCCAACGCACUCGUCCAUGCUGGUAAAUGGCUGGCAAAGCUUCGGAUUUAGUGGAGUGCUGCACGGAGCGGUACCACAACCAAAGACCUCGAUGCCCUUCUUCUCAAGUGCCUUCCACAGUGGCGCGGCAUUGCCUCCAGGAUCUUCCCUCGCAUGCGAUCGAGAGGUUCUGGUCAGUGAUUUGUACGGCUACCUCUUCUUGCACCAGAAUGGCUGUGAUGCACAGAAUGGUGGCGUGUUGGCUGGUUUCCUGAGUCAAACUGCGGGAUUUGGAGGUUUGGCCGUGGCCUCAAGCGAAAGUCCGCUCUUGGCGCUCUUCAGCGAACUGCAAGGUGAAGGGCGGCCAAGGGUCUCCGACUGGUGCUAUAUUUGCACCAGUGGUGGAGGUGUUGCGUAUGACCGAGUAGUCCAAACCUAUUUGGAGACGCUAGCGAAGCAUCAUGGGAUGCUGAAACCCAAGCGACAGCCAGUAGGUUGGUGUUCUUGGUAUUGCCAUGGGCCUUUUGUGGAUGAGCUCUUGAUGAUGCAAUCCUUAAAGGAGUUGAAGUCGAUGGGCUUGGACAGUGGCGAGCUGUCCUUGGAUCUUUUUCAGCUGGAUGAUGGCUGGCAAAGCGCUUGGGGAGAUUGGUUACGACCCAAUGCAAAGUUCCCGAAUGGCUUGAAGCCCUUGACCGACGCAGUGAAAAAGGAUGGUUUGGUGCCCGGCAUUUGGUUGGCACCGGCAUCCUUAACCUUGGGCUCUCGCUUGGCACAGGAGCAUCCAGAGUGGAUCCUUCGGGAUGAAACCGGGCGACACGUCUCUUGUGGCUUCACAGCACCAGGGCUUUGGAUGCGCGCCUUGGACACCACGAUGCCAGAGGUCCUAGAGCACAUACGGAAGACCAUUCACACCAUCGUGCACGAAUGGGGUUUUCGCUAUUUGAAGUGCGAUUUCCUCCAUUGUGCCGCGAUGCCUGGAAAGCGCUUUCUGAAGGUCAGCCGUGCCAAAGCGUGCCGGAUGCUUCUAGAGGCAGUGCGGGAGGCCGCAGGAGAGGAUGUCUUCGUUUUAGCUUGUGGUGCCCCACUGGGACCUUGCAUUGGAGUGGCCGAUGCAGUUCGCGUUUCCGCAGACACUGCGGAGCACUGGUUUCCGGUUGGGCCAAACGUCUGGGGCACACGAUGGCUUUUCAAGCAGGAUCGCACCAAUCUGCCUGCUGCCAGGAAUAUGGUUUGCAGUACCCUCGCAAGGAUGCACAUGAACGGCCGGCUUUGGGUCAACGACCCGGAUUGUUUGAUUAUACGAAAGGAGGUGCCUCUGAGCGAAGCCCAGGCGCUCGCCUCGGUGGUGGCCUUCAGUGCUGGCUCGGUCAUCUUCUCCGAUGACCUGAAGUCGCUCCCGAAGGAACGCCUGGCAGUGUUGAAGGCCCUGCUUCCACCGGUGCAGCCAACUGCACAAGACGUCCAUUUCACAGAUGGAGAGAUCCCUUGCAAGGUCACUGCGCAUCUCACUGGAGCAGCGGGCGACUGGAGGCUUUGCGGGCUUUUUGCUUGGGACGGCGGCGAGGUGGAGCUGAUGUUGGACGAUCAGGAGUGGCACGUUUUUGAGUUUUGGAGCUGCAGCUACCAGCGACAUCGAGGUGGAGGCCUUUCCACCGGCCCGUUGCUGCCUCGAACGUGCCACCUCUAUGCACUGCGGCCCGUCAUGAGCAAGGCCCAAUUCCUGGGCUCAAACAUCCACGUGUCCUGUGGACUUGAAGUCUGCGAAUGGGAGGAGGCUGAGCGAUCCUUGCGCUUCACCUUGAACGUGAAAAGAUCGUUGAACUCGCCCGAGGUUUGGAUCUUCCUGCCAAAGGCUUCACAGCCGCGGCUGGGUGGAAAGGAGGCGGUGCCGGUACACGAGCAGGUUUGGCGCUUCGUGCUGGCGCCGGUGCCCCUAAAAGGGUCAACGCUCCAAAUCGAUUGGUGAAAGACGCCCAUUCAGAAAUCCAGCGCAGGGUGCCAGGGUUGCAGGCCUACGAACACAAGUUGCAGUACGGUAUCAAUGGCCCCCCGAACAUGUGAAUCAAUGUGAAGGUUUGGACCUAAGCAGUUGGGGACAGACUCUCAUUUUUAGACACGUCAACACAUGUUCCCCACAUGUUCCCCCUAAGUUGCUGUGUCAAUGGAAGCUCAGCUGUUUCAAGAUGAUCCAAAUUGUCAAGAACUGUUUCCCCACUCAUUUGCAGGGUGCCAGCUCUGUUGCCCAAGAAACUUGCUUGUUCUUGUAUGUUCUCGGAGGAUCUUUGUUUUUUCUUCAUACAACCGCACUACAUACUACUCAUGUGCAGAUAUUAAAAGGCUGCCGCACCGGCGCCCCAACCGCCACGGUGUGCGUGACAGUGCAGGGUGUUUGUGACAGCUGAUGCUCAAGCUGACACGCUAAACCAUUUGAACUAAAACGGUG